CUCAGGUCUUUUUUGCUCUCAGUUAGGUCACAUUGAUACUGUCUUCCAAAAGAUCAUGUCUUCUGCACAGAGCUGGACUUGUCCCACAGUGAAACUUUCAAAUGGGAUGCAAAUGCCAAUACUUGGAAUAGGCACAUCCCAAGUUGGAGGAUUCUCUCAAGAUACUGUUUUGUAUGCAGUCUGUGAUUGUGGCAUACGCCUCAUUGACACAUCAAAGUAUAAUGGCUUUGAGGUACAGCUGGCUGAAGUUAUCAGAGACAGCGGGGUACCCCGAAGUGACCUGUGGCUCACUAAUAAACUCUGGCCAGAGGACUAUGGAUGUGAAACUGCCAAGAAGGCCUUUGAGAAAUCCUGCUCCCAGAUGGGGGUGGAAUAUCUUGACAUGUACAUGUUGCACUGGCCUGGCUCGAUGCCACCUGGUCGCUGCAACAGAGAACUGAGAGCUGAGGCCUGGAGAGCUUUGGAGGAACUUCAUGAAGAGGGCUUGUGUCGUACUAUUGGGGUUAGCAACUUUAUGAUUCACCACCUGGAGCAGUUGAAGCAGGACUGUACUGUGGUGCCACAUGUUAAUCAAGUGGAGUACCAUCCAUUCCAGCAGCCCAAUAAGCUGAUCGAGUACUGCCGUGAGGAGGGUAUUGCGUUUCAGGGGUACUGCCCUCUGGCCAAGGGUCAAGCCCUAAGUAACCCCACUAUUGUCCAGCUGGCACAGAAGUACGAAUGUACACCUUCUCAGAUCUGCAUCCGCUGGAGUAUUCAGAAUGGAGCCAUUACAAUACCAAAGUCAACCAAGGAGCGUGUUUUAGAAAAUUGUCAGGUGUUCGGAUUCCAGCUGGAGGAGGAAGACAUGGAGGCUAUAAACAAGUUGCAUGAUGGGAGACAUGUGUCCUGGGAUCCAACAAAUGUGGAGUAACGAAAUGUUAGAAAACUCAGUGUUUGUCCUGGAAUUAGUUUUGUCAUUAGCUGAAGAACUAAUAACACAAGGCAUAUUUUCUGCAGAAAUAACUCUUUUAUGAAGUUAUCA